AUGAAUCCUACUUAUCUACCGCAUCACGGCGUAUUGCACGAAUCUAGUCUUACAACGAAGUUACGCGUAGUGUUCGAUGGGUCGGUCAGAACUACGGCGGGAAUCUCACUAAACGAUACUUUAAUGAUCGGAGCGCGAUUACAAGACAAUUUAAUUGAUAUCAUGUUACGAUUUAGAUUGCAUGCCAUUGCAAUCACAGCCGAUUUGAAAAAAAUGUAUAGACAAAUUUUGGUUCACGAAGCCGAUAGAGAUUAUCAAAGGAUUCUGUGGCGGUCGUCGGUGGGCGAACCUAUACGAGAAUUUCGAUUAAACACCGUAACAUACGGAUUAUCGUGUGCCCCGUUUUUGGCCGUGCGUUGCGUGAGACAUUUGGCAAGUAACGCGGACGAUCGAUUGAUGCAAGCGUCUCAAGUCUUACUCAAUGAUUUAUACGUGGAUGAUAUAUUAACCGGUGUUAGUUCAAUUGACGAGGCAACCGAUUUGAUUAAGCAAUUAAAGGAAUUGUUAAAUGAUGGAGGAUUUGAACCACAUAAGUGGCGAUCAAAUUAUAAAGAAAUUUUACAUGAAUUACACUCUAGUGAACGGAUCGAAGAAUCGUUAACUGUCGCGAGCGAUGUAAAUGAGACACAUAUAAAAACAUUGGGUUUGACUUGGCAUCCCGAGCGAGACGUGUUUGAGUUUUCUGUCAAUUCCAUAACAAGGGCGAGUAAAACGAAAAGAGAGGUUCUAUCUGCAAUAUCGCGGUUGUUCGAUCCAUUGGGAUUGAUAAGCCCUAUACUAAUUAGAGCAAAAUUAAUUAUGCAAGGAACUUGGGCCGCAAAUUUGAAAUGGGACGAUUUACUAACCGACAAGCUUCAUAGGGCAUGGAUUGAAUACACUGAUGAUUUAAAUGAUAUUAAUACGAUCCAAGUUCCUCGUAGAAUCAUUGCGAGUGCGAGUGCGAGACGAUUCUAUUUACAGGGGUUUUGCGACGCCUCAAUGAAAGCGUACGGUGCGUGCGUAUACCUGCAAACGAUGGACAACCAUAACAAGGGUAGAUCUAUAUUAAUUUGCUCGAAAUCUCGAGUCGCACCGAUCAAAAGCAAGACAACGACCCUGCCGAGACUUGAGCUUUGCGGCGCUGUUGUUUUAGUACGAUUGUUGAAGCAUGUUUGCGAGGCGCUUAAAAUUGAAGUCAGCGGAAUGUAUGCAUGGAGCGAUUCAAUGAUUGUGUUGGCAUGGAUAGCGGGCGAUCCGUCUCGCCAAAAAACUUUUGUUGCGAAUCGAGUCGCUGAGAUUCAAACGAUUGUCGCGUCAAGUAAUUGGUAUCAUGUCAAGAGUGAGCACAAUCCUGCCGAUCUGAUUUCACGAGGUACAAGUUUACGAGAAUUAAAGGAGUCAAGUCUUUGGUGGGAAGGUCCUAAAAUUUUGUCAGAAUUUUUUGAGAAUAUAAAGGGAUUAAAUCGAUUGCUAACUUGUUCACAAACGGAAACAGAAUUUAUUGAAUCAGAGCAAAAGAAGGAAAUCCAAGUCUUUUUAAUAGUUGACUCAAAGCAAUUAAUUUUACAAUUGUAA